CAGUGUAGAGUUUGGGUCUCUGAUGGUGUCACUGCUAAGCCUUCCAGACCAAGCUGGAGGGAUCUGAGCAGACAAGAACACCUCAGACUUGAGUAUUUUUACCCAGAGUCCAGUACUGCCUCCUAAAAUGCUUCCCAGCUUGUCUGUAAUGGGCCUGUACCAGAGCAGUGCAGGUCCUUUCCUGCACCCCUGUCCAGCUCUGUUGUUUCUUGGGGAGGUUUGCUGACUGACUGUUCAUCACAAGUGCCGCCUUUUCUGGCAGCUUUAAAGGUGCAGAUUCACCUGCUGAAGUUCUGCCUCAGCCCCAGUUCUCUAGUCCCUUCCUCUUACCAGUGCUGCAAAUCAGAGGUCUCUGAGAUUAGAACACCCUGCUCAUCAUGCCACCCAGCCUACCCACCUUGCCGUACAGUCUGUCCUCAGAGUACUGUAUCAUGAGAGGAAUGUCACUCUUGGAUAAUGGUUACUAGUAAAUUUGUUGUGUGUGGUCUUUUAAAAAUAAUAUCUUGGUAAUAUCAGAUACUCAAUGCUGAAUUUAAUGGAAAUUUACAAGUGCUAUUCCCUGAUUUUCCUUUAUAAAAGAAGAUUUAGAUAACAUUACCCCAUGGUACAGAAUGUUUAAAUAGUUAACAUUUGUGCCGCAGUAUAGCUUUUGGCUCGUGAAAAAUGAAAGCUGUCAGCGAUCUGGGCAAUAAGAUUCAUCGCCAAUAGUCACUAGCAACAGCACACAGCACUUGAGUCUCCGUGAGGUCCGCAGCAGUAGGAGCUGCUGUAAUGAAAGGCAUUUAGGCGCAAUCACUCUGCUGUCGUUCCUCGCUGGAUCCAACAUGGGCUUGUUGAAAGAGUUUCUAGCCAAAGCCAAAGAAGACUUUCUGAGGAAAUGGGAGAACCCUCCCCCGAGUAAUGCUGGGCUUGAGGAUUUUGAGAGGAAGAAAACCCUCGGGACGGGUUCCUUUGGAAGAGUCAUGUUGGUGAAGCAUAAAGCCACUGAGCAGUACUACGCCAUGAAGAUCUUAGACAAGCAGAAGGUUGUUAAGCUGAAGCAAAUAGAGCACACUCUGAAUGAGAAGAGAAUCCUGCAGGCCGUGGAGUUCCCGUUCCUUGUGCGGCUGGAGUACUCUUUUAAGGAUAAUUCUAAUUUAUACAUGGUUAUGGAAUACGUCCCUGGGGGAGAGAUGUUCUCACAUCUGAGAAGAAUUGGAAGGUUCAGUGAGCCCCACGCCCGUUUCUAUGCAGCCCAGAUUGUGCUAACAUUUGAGUACCUUCAUUCCCUCGACCUCAUCUACAGAGAUCUCAAGCCGGAAAACCUCUUAAUUGACCACCAGGGUUACAUCCAGGUCACAGAUUUCGGGUUCGCCAAAAGAGUCAAGGGCAGGACAUGGACAUUGUGUGGCACCCCAGAGUACCUGGCCCCGGAGAUCAUCCUCAGCAAGGGUUACAAUAAGGCGGUGGACUGGUGGGCACUGGGCGUGCUGAUCUAUGAGAUGGCUGCUGGCUACCCUCCAUUCUUUGCUGACCAGCCAAUUCAGAUCUAUGAGAAGAUUGUCUCUGGAAAGGUCCGGUUCCCAUCACACUUCAGCUCCGAUCUCAAGGACCUUCUGCGGAACCUGCUGCAGGUGGAUCUGACAAAGCGAUUCGGGAACCUGAAGAACGGCGUGAGUGACAUAAAGACCCACAAGUGGUUUGCCACAACUGACUGGAUUGCUAUUUAUCAGAGAAAGGUUGAGGCUCCAUUCAUACCAAAGUUCAGAGGCUCUGGCGAUACCAGCAACUUCGAUGACUAUGAAGAAGAAGAAAUCCGUGUGUCUAUAACAGAAAAAUGUGGAAAGGAAUUUUGUGAAUUUUAGGGAGGAGAAAGAUAGCCUGGAGCUCACACUCAGCCCUUGCACGCUGUGGAGGUGGAAGGUGGAGCCGAGACCUGCUUGUUGGAGCGGGUUCCAAUCCCUUCAUUCCAGCAACUGCGUGAGGUCUUUCCUGCGUCAUCAGUGUGCGCUCGCUCUGCAACCACCUGUGUCCCCAGGCACGGCUCCGCAGCAUCGUCUGCCAUAACACGGUGUGCACCACGUCCUCCUGGUUUGGUUUUUCUCCACCCUCCUAUAUCCUUCUCAUUCACUUCUCUGACCAGUGCUCCCUUUAUUUUCCUGGUGUUUCAGAUGGGCAGUGUUAUGGCUGUGUGAUAUUUAAAAGGAAAGCUACAUGUUGCUUUUUGUAGUUUUGAGCAAUAUUUUUGCUGACCAGUGGCUUGAAGAUAAACUCUCUAAUGAUUAUUUUUAUUUUGAGUAGCUUGAAUUCAGUUUUGCCAAAACUCUUAGUAAUUUUGAAGAUGGAAUGUCUUGUCAGCAUGGGAAUUUGCAUAAGUAAAGAUAACUUUUCAGGGGUCACUGAUGCAGCAGUGAGUCAGAGCGCCUAGAGAGCAGUGAGGACUCCUGGACGAGAGGCUACGUUCCCCUGGGCCUUCUAGUGCUCUUCACUCCGUGAGAUAGUAAGUGACCAGACAGAUAAGUGAGGGGCAUGGCUCCUCGCCGCAGCUGUCUCCCUUGGUACCGACCUCUCUGUGGGCUGGAGAGAGGCCUAAGGUUUCUGAGCCUUGGCUCUUCCAUGGGGGCUUCAGCCAGUAUUUGAGGAAAGUGUGACUGAGAAAUGACACUUUGGGAGGUUUCUCCGUCCUCAUCGGUGGGCUCUUAAGGGAAAAGAGCAAACGUGCAUUUGGAUAAAUGCUAAGUCAGCAGAAGCCUUGAUACCUGCUUGCAGCUUAGAGGUUCUCUCCUUUAAGGGAACUUGUCUGUUUGCUUUGGUUCGUACCAGGUAAGAAAACAAGCAAAGCAGUAGCUUAUUGCGUCCUCUUCUGAGGGAAGAAGACGGCAGGCGGGCACUGCCGCAGCUCUGCCGUGUCCCUGCCUGGCUAGUGACAGGAGAACGCAAAGCUUGAGACACUGCCACAUUUGUAUUUCAUGCUGAGCUGUGAUAUCUUUAAGUACGUCAGAAUUGCUAACCUCUUCCUUCUCUUUCAUAGACAGAGUAUAUGAUCAUGCGGAUACAGUUUUCAUAUUUGCUUUUCCUUAAUUUUUCUAUACAUUUUGCCAAUUGACUUAACAAUGUUGCCAUCGUGAGGACAUUUCAAGCACUCUUGCACAUUUAGUUCAGUGUUCCUUUGUGAAUAAAUGGCUUCACUUUUUUUUUACUAUACUUUCAUUACUUUUAAUUUUCUCACCUCAUUUUAUCUCUGUAUCAGUGACCUACCUUAAAUAGUCCACUUACCCAAAUAGUUUAAAAUAUUUCAUUUCAUGAUGAAUCUCCAAGGAUAUAAGAUUGUUUUAAGUCAGACAAACCCUGUUGUAUAUAGAGCCUCUCUAUCUGCCUCCUUACUGGUGCAGGUAGGUCAUUGACAGCAGUCCUAGUCAUAUGCACACACACCCUCACCAAACCCUUGAAGACAUUGAAAAUCCUAUCUGAGACCUUCUCUCCACCUAUCUGCAUGUGUUUUGGUUGUCAAGUGUUUCUGCAUGGCAAUGUCCCACAGUAACAAAUAAUGAUUUCAGUUGGUCCACCUGUAUUUAAAAUGUGCAAGAAAAACUGAAAUACUCUGCUGUAGCAAGUUCUGUGUAACAAAGAUAUAUCAUCGUGUUAAUAAACUGAAAGCAUCAUUUGUAUAAAAUACUUUAUUUACUUUUAUGUAUUUCAUUUAAAUCCAAGAACAUGCUAAUCAUGUGUUCUAUGUAUGCUACAAAUUCUCUGGUAGCGUUGUUGUAUAUUAAUGUAAAAUUACUUCAAUAAAUUGUGGGGAUGACAAUUUGAUUAUUAUAAUUUAGUUUUCAAAAAUUGAUGAACAGAUUUCUAUGAAUCCUAAAAAUAUUUUUUUCUAUAAAAUUAUUAGUGCCCAGCUAGAAUCUACCCAGGUAGAUGACACCUAGGUUUCUGGGGCUUCUCAGCCAUUCCAUUUUAUUGUCUCUGUUGGAAGUACACGAGCAAACCAUCAGCUGGGUCAAGGGGUCUCUUUCUGACUAACCAAGUACACUAAAUUGGAGUAUUUUUAACAUGCCUAAAAUUCCCAUUUUUAGCCACAGCUGAAAAGACUUUCUUUAAAAACUUGAAAUAGUAAGUCAGUGGCAAAAACCAGUAUUUUAUUCAAAGUAUAUUACGUAAGACAGAAGAAAUGGUGUUUUGCCCAUUAAAUCAAGAGAUGGCAUUGUAUAGGACAGAGCCCUGGACUGAGGGAGACUUGUUGGAGUGGCGUUGUGCAGACAGAGGGCAGAAGCAGGCACGUUGUGGGACCCCCGACUCCCUGAGGUAGGUCAGGAUUCCCUCCUCAGCUAAUAUUCUCAAGGGUAUCCCGCUGUGAAGUAAGCUUUGAUAGCAACACGUUUCUGUUUGUCCUCCCUCUUACCUCCACAGUGUGCUGAAAACCCUUUGACUAUCAGAAAGGCCUUGUCUGUUCCAUUCCUUCCUUCCUCCCUCACUGAUGCUAAAUAGACACUUGAUAUCAAACUGUCAGCCUACCAAAAAGAAGCCGUGGCUUAUGGGUAUUGCUGUCUUGUUCUUGGUGUGUACCUGUACUGAUUGCCCCUUGGUCUGAAAAAAAAAAAAAACAAUGCUCAUUGUAAGCCUAAAAAUACAUGAUUAUCUUUUCCCACUGACUGUUGUUCUUUCCUUCUGCUUGUUGUAAGAAUCAAAUGAAAUAAUGUAUGUAAAGGCACCUUGUAAACUGUACGCUUUCAAUGUAAGACGUAAGGUGUGUUAUUUCAUUAAUUAGUUCUUUGUUUAGAGUGCAAUUUCCUAUGCGCUACUAUAGCUAGGAAAUGCUGAAAAUGUGUUUUUUAAUUCAUCAAUAACCGCAAAAUUAAAGUAUCUUCAAAGGA